AUGGCGGGUGACGGUACCACAUUUUAUACUUGGACCAACAUAUGGGCAGAGGAGUGUCGCCGGGCACAGGGACUGGAGGUCCUAGAUCCCAUCCAGCUUCCACAGGCCAUUUGGCAAGACCGCGCACAGGUGACGAAAUCGUCCGGCCAUAAUGCUGGAAAGCUCGAAAGCCAUCCAGAGUAUACCCUUCUUCCUUUCACACCCCCGGGAGCCCCGCCAAAGAUGACUUCCCUGAGUCAUCGUGGUCAAAUUUUCUAUUUUUCGCCAGAGUCCUUAGCCGCGCUGAAGGCAGAGGCGUCCCCAGCGAAUGCGACCGAGCCGACCGAUCAAAAAUGGAUCUCGACCAAUGAUGCUCUUGCGGCGCUACUCUGGCGUACGGUCAUGGCAGUGCAGUCGCCCCUAGAGACAUUGGAGGGCGACCCUGUGUCUUUUUCAACAUUGCCAUUGACGGGCGGCAACGGACAGAUCCCAAGCUGCAUCCAGCGACUUUGGGAUGUUUCCUAG